AUGGAUGCAAUACGAAAUGAGAUUAGACAACAAUUGUUGGAUGCACAAUUCAAUGAUAGCAAUGACAGCUCUUCAGUGUGGCCAAAUCAUACACAAACAACACCUAUACCACCCGAUGCAACACAAAAUAGCAAUGAGUUACAAAUGAUCCCAAACUUUAAUCCUUUUCAUGCCCAAGAAUACAGUGACAUUGCACAUGAAAUACCAGAAAAUUUAAAAGAAUAUUUAUUACCUAGACAACCAAACUAUGAACUCCUAGAAGAACUAAAGCGAUACUAUGGGCUUGAUUUUGUAAUUUAUGCAUUGAAUUCAAAUAUUAAAUAUAAUCGAUCUAAAUCUCGUGGUGAACUCUUACCAACCUUAAUUCCUAUCUCAAAUUUUUAUAUUUUUAACCAUAUAUACUAA